AUGAAACCUCCGUGCUGGCUGUCAGACCUCUGCUCCCCCUGUCCCCAAAACCAGCAUGGGUCUGUGCCAGGCCAAGCGAAGGGGGCAGGAGGGAGGGCCGCAGGUAGCUCCGCUCCCAAAGGCUCAAGAGAACCGGCCGCUCCGCAGAGGGGAGCCGCUGCCUGUGGAGGCCUAGCGGGAGAGCUGGUCUACCCACCUGCAUACCCAUGUACCUGCCUGCCUGCCCGCCCGUCUGGGAGAGUGGGAUUCGCAGCUCGCAGGCUUCACAAUGAGGAUGACUCUCCAGAGUCCUCAGCAGCUGAACAACCUUCCACUUCUACAGAGCCUGCGCAGACCCCCCAGACAGCAGCCGUCUCUGAAGCAGACACUUCCCCUCCACCCUACUGCAGCAUAGCUGUAGAAGCAGCAGCAACCUCAGAAACACAGAAUGGAUUUUAUCCUGUACCACCUCCCUACAGUGUAGCUACCUCUCUUCCUACUUACGAUGAAGCAGAGAAGGCCAAAGCUGCAGCAAUGGCAGCUGCUGCAGCAGAAGUUGCCCAACGACACGCCCAGUUUAGGGAGUCUAGGAGUCUGUUUGAUGAAAUAUUCCUCAGUCCUUCAGAGGAAGAAGAGUAUCCACCACGGGAUGAUUUCAGUGAUGCAGAUCAGCUUAGAGUGGGCAAUGAUGGCAUCUUCAUGUUGGCAUUUUUCAUGGCAUUUAUUUUCAACUGGAUUGGAUUUUGUUUAUCCUUCUGUAUAACAAAUACCAUAGCUGGAAGAUAUGGUGCAAUCUGUGGAUUUGGUCUCUCACUGAUCAAAUGGAUUUUCAUUGUACGGUUCUCAGAUUACUUUACUGGAUAUUUCAAUGGACAGUACUGGCUUUGGUGGAUAUUUCUUGUACUUGGACUCCUGCUGUUCUUUCGAGGAUUUGUCAAUUAUCUUAAAGUCAGAAAUAUGUCUGAAAGCAUGGCAGCUGCUCAUAGGACAAGAUUUUUUUUCUUGUACUAAGACUGCAUCGAACA